AUCAUAACAAACGGCUAUUUUCACACUUGUUGAUGAUUGUUGUCAUGAUCAUCACUAUGAAUAAUGUUUGGGUGGCAAAUGGUGAUAUUUCAUUCAUUUUACAUGGUAAUCAUACUAAUCAAACUGAAUGGAAUACAGUACGAUAUCCAUAUAAAUCAGUUUAUGGAUUACCAAAUUCAUUGAAUUGUAGUGAAUGGAUUAGAAAACGUUUUAAUCAAUGUGAAAAAUUAUCGCAUCAUAAUUGGCAAAUUACGAUUGAUGAUUAUUUUUAUGAAACAAAAAAAUUUUGCUGUUUCAUUUGGGAAACGUUGGAUUGUGAAUUGAAUGUAGCGAGAGAAUGUAAUGAACAAUAUUCGACAAAAUUAGAAUCAAAUACACGAGAUACAUUUAAAAAAGUAUGUGAUCAAAUUGUUGGUUCUAAUUAUGGUUCGGAUUGUUGGUGGACAGAAGAAAGAAAAAUUACUUUUGGUAUUUUAGCUGGAUUCCUUAUUUUGGCUUUUAUUUUGAUCUUUGCAUGCCUUGGAUAUCACAUUUAUGAGCAAAGUAAACUUGAUAAAUCACCAAACUAUCCAGAAUUUAAAGGAAAUGUUCCAUUAAUAAUUGUAACGCCACCAACACCACCAUCAUCACCACCACCAACACCACCACCAUCAACACCACCAUCACCAUCAUUAUUAUCGGCUACUUUCAACUAUGCUAUUGAUGAUUUGCUAAUGUAGCAAAAAAUAUUUCCGAAAUGAUACAAACAAUCAAUAUUCAAAAUACAAAAUUUCUAU